AUUGCCUUUGACAGUCCGUCUUUUCAAAACCAUUAUUUCUGCCUUUCUUCUUUUCAUUCUUUUUUUCCAUUUGCUUCAUUUUAUUUUAUUUUUUACAUAUUUCACACCACCUUUAUUAACCUUUUUGGAUUUACCAAUGGCUCAUGCAAAGUUCAGCCUGUUUACUGGCUGCAUUGUUGACACUCCGGUCAUGGGCGAGCUGCGCAUUCUCGUCAACGGCGCGCUGGGCAUCGAUCGCAGCACAGGUCGUAUUGUAGGAACCAGCGAAAGCUCAGGCACACCUGCCAAAGAGCUAUUUGAGCAGUGGACAGGACAGCAGGUUAGCAUCGGACACGACCUGCCGCUGAUGGACUGGCUGAACAAGUACACGUUCAAGCACGAAAGCGAGUUCAAGGACCCGGAGCUUGCCAGGAAGUUCUAUAAGGGCGCAAUAGACCGGGUGAUUAGAAACGGCGUCACAUUCGCGGCGUAUUAUGGCACUAUCCACCUCGAAGCCAACCGCAUUUUGGCAGACACAAUCCGUAAUGCCGGACAGCGUGCAUUUGUCGGCAAAGUAUGCAUGGACGCCAACUCGCCGGACUACUACUCCGAAUCGACUGCUGAAAGCAUCGAGCAGACGCAGGAGUUUAUUAAGCAGGUGCUGGGCGGUCAAGGCAAUUGUCCCGCAGACACCCGACUGGUGACGCCCAUUAUUACGCCGCGAUUUGCCCCGUCGUGCUCGUCCGAGUGUCUAGGCGCCUUGGGCGAGCUGGCCAAGCGGUACCAGCUACCGAUCCAGUCGCACCUGUGCGAAAACCCUUCAGAAAUCGAGUUUGCACGACAGUGCUUCCCCGAGUGCACUAGCUACACCGAGAUCUAUCACAAGCAUGGUCUGCUUGGCAACCGCACCAUCAUGGCGCACUGCGUGCACAUGACCGCAGAAGAACUCGCAAUCAUGCGCGACACAGGUACCGGGAUCAGCCACUGCCCAACAUCGAACUUUACGCUGGGCAGUGGGCUCGCCGACGUCAGGCGCUUUGUCGCCCAGGGCAUCCCUGUCGGCCUGGGCACCGAUGUCGGUGGCGGAUACACGCCUUCGAUCCUCGACGCCAUGCGGAUGGCUGCUGCUACCAACCGGCACUGAUUGCCAGCAAGCGCUUGAGCGGGGAGGAUCUUUCAGGUAGAUAUGACGUUCCGUUGGAGGCUGCAGAGAUGUUCUUUUUGGCCACGCAAGGUGGAGCCCGCGUGAUGGGCAUGGCUGAGAGUCUCGGCAGCCUCGAUGCUGGCAAGCUCUUUGACGCCCUGGUCAUCGACCUGUCUGCGCAUGCCUCUCCUGUGCCGUCGGUCGAGAGUACAUUUGCCAUUUCGUGUCUCUUUGAUCCAAUAGAGGCGUGGAGGCUGCGCUUGGAGCAGUUUGUCUUCCUUGCGGAUGACCGCAAUAUCUCUCGUGUGUACGUUGGGGGAAACCUGAUUCAUUCAAAGUGUUGAGCGGCACAGCAGCUGCAUGAUAUAAUGUAAAAAAAU